AUGUGGGUCAGAACCUCGCAUCCAAGCGUCGCCACCAAGCAGCCAGCAAACGUCGCGUUGGCCACUUAUAAUUCAAUUCUUGAUCGUGUUCUCGAUGGUUGGCGCGCGUGUUUAAUCACUUGUUUAAAACUUGCACGUGCAAAAGAUAAAAUAACUAUUCGAGUGUAUUAUAAAGUGCGUCAAGUGCAAGUGUUUGACUUCUAUGAAGUUUCUUAACCCGCAUCAACUGGUUGACAAGAUCAAAUUUAUAAAAAUGCAUACAUGGAUUUUAUAUUUGGGAAUAAUGAAUUUCUGCCUUGUGGCUCAGAUUGCGCACGUCCGAUGCGACUUCUUAUCAGACUUGACGAAUUUCGCACCAUGGGAGCGCGAACAAGUUAGCGAGCAAAAGCGCUGGAUAAGAAUUCCGCAGUCUAGAAAUGGAGAUAAGCGCAAUUAUCAGCCGCAAGCACCGCUACAGGAUUCAAGCGAUGAAGGUCGACACUUGCGGCCGGAGACCAUUUUUAAGAUAUCGGAAACCCUCGGCGCGCUCAACACUGUCGGCCGAUACUUGGUGAACAUGACGCGUGGAGGAAAUGAUGACCGGGGCCAACAAGCUGAGUUACCCGGUGCCAUUUACACAAUCAGCAAAAACGUCUUGGGUCGUAAUGUGACUGAUUCAUUUGCACCGUUGGUGCGCGAAGCAUUACCACCACUUGCUGGACCAUCAGAAGUGCGAACCACAACAACCGAGGCGAGUACUAGCUCUAGAGUAUGUACUACUCCGGAUGGCCUCCAAGGAUAUUGCGAUGAUUUGAGUGAUUGUCCACAGUUGCUUCUUAACCUAAGCAAUUUGCGUCAAUCCCUCUGCUUCAAAAGCCUUUUCGUACCAGGUGUAUGUUGUCCUCGUUCUGGACCCCUUGAAACAACUACACCUGCAUAUAUACCUCCCGCGCUGACGUCAGGACCAGUACAGUACGUACCUCCGGAAGAUACAACUGUAUCUGCAACACCGGCACCUCCGCCACAAACUGUAACACUAGCGUCGGUCUUAACCCCUGUUGAAAAUGUAGUGGAUCCUGAAGACUGUGGUCAACCAGAAUACGCCAAAUAUAGAGUUGUUGGUGGAGAAGAUUCCCUUCCAGGUCGAUGGCCUUGGAUGGCAGCAAUUUUCUUACACGGAGCUAGAAGGACCGAGUUCUGGUGCGGAGGAACUCUUAUUUCACCUAAACACAUCCUGACUGCAGCGCAUUGUACGCGCGAUUCUCGACAAAGACAAUUUUCUCCACAUCAGUUUACUGUACGAUUGGGCGACAUUGAUUUAAAGCGUGACAAUGAACCCUCAGCGCCAGUUACCUUCAAGGUGAUGGAAAUCCGAGCUCACAAAGAAUUCAGUCGCAUUGGAUUUUACAAUGACAUCGCCAUUCUGGUGCUGGACCGACCAGUGCGUAAAUCAAAAUACGUGAUACCCAUUUGCCUGCCGGAGGGCAGGACAAAAAAGGAGACGUUUGCAGGACACCGGACAACCGUCGUCGGCUGGGGAACUACCUAUUACGGUGGCAAAGAGAGCACCACACAGCGGGAAGCCCAGCUACCUGUGUGGCGCAACGAGGACUGCAAUCAAGCAUACUUUCAACCCAUUACGUCUAAUUUCAUAUGCGCCGGAUACUCGGAGGGUGGUACGGACGCCUGCCAGGGGGAUUCCGGCGGGCCGUUAAUGAUUAAUUGGGACACGAGGUGGACCCAGGUUGGCGUUGUGAGCUUCGGAAACAAGUGCGGCGAGCCGGGCUAUCCAGGUGUGUACACUCGGGUCACGGAGUACAUUGAUUGGAUCAAGAAAAAUACCAGAAAUUGAAUAUAAAACAUAGUAAAUAUCCUGAUGGUAAAAAUUAUUGCGAGGCAGCCAGUAUCUUAACAUAUCAGUGUGGACAUAUUACUCUUUGUAUUGUUUUUAAAUGUAAUUUCCUCUUUUGUGGUUAUUUAUCUAUUUAUUUAUCUAACAAUUAAAUUCAAUUCGCAUUUUUACUCGACAA